GGGAGAAAGUUGGACUAGAUGACCUUUGAGGUUCGUUUUUCCCACGUGCUGCAAGAAAAUAUUUUUCACGGCUUGAGGAUUUCAGCUCCCUUAAUAUAACCACAAAGAUCCAUACUUCUGUUCCCAGCAGCCACAGUGACUGCUCCCAGUAUUCCCCAGAGCCAGAUAAACAAUGCCCCACACCAGACCUCCCAAAUACGUCAUAUUUCCCGUGGACCUGCUCCACUGAACUGAAUCACAUCUACUAAGUUAUGAGCUCCAGACUACAUCUCCCGACAUGCCACCAGCCCUGACUAUGUUCCCAACACUUGGGGCUUUCGCCCACCGCGCUGUAGUGCACACGGGGACUCGUAGUCGGCUCGUGGCUGGCUGCUCCAGGCGGAAGGAGCUAGUCCUCUGAGCUCGAGGUCUGUCUCUACAACUGUGAACCCGAGGCCUCCCCGUCCCCUGGAGCGCAUCGGCGUUUAAGGCGACACUGGGAAGGCGCUCACCGUCGGAAGCUGCUGGAGCUGAAGCUGCGCCAUCGUCACUGUCGGCGGCCAUGACGCCGCGCGUCUCCAGCCUGUGUCGCCUGUGGGCCAUGAGGAAACCGCGAGCAGCUGUGGGAAGUGGUCACAGGAAGCAGGCAGCCAGCCAGGAGGGAAGGAAGAAACGUGCUCUCGGCAGCAGCCAGGCCAAGCCUUCUGACCCUGAUGGCCGUGCUGGGAAGAUUCCUGAGUGUCCUGAGGUCUCAGCAGGUCUGGCCAGGCAGCCUGAAGAGGUGGUAUUGCAGGCCUCCAUCUCCCCGUACCAUCUAUUCAGAGAUACAGCUGAAGUCACGGCCUUCCGGGGGAAACUGCUGAGUUGGUACGACCGAGAGAAGCGGGACUUACCCUGGAGAAGACGGGCGGAGGAUGAGGUGGACCUGGACAGGCGGGCAUACGCUGUGUGGGUCUCAGAGGUCAUGCUGCAGCAGACCCAGGUUGCCACGGUGAUCAACUACUAUACCCGAUGGAUGCAGAAGUGGCCUACACUGCAGGACCUGGCCAGUGCUUCCCUGGAGGAGGUGAACCAGCUCUGGGCCGGCCUGGGCUACUAUUCUCGAGGCCGGCGACUGCGGGAGGGAGCUCAGAAGGUGGUAGAGGAGCUAGGGGGUCACAUGCCACGUACAGCAGAGACUCUGCAGCGGCUCCUGCCUGGCGUGGGACGGUACACAGCUGGGGCCAUUGCUUCCAUUGCCUUUGGCCAGGCAACCGGUGUGGUGGAUGGGAAUGUGGUACGGGUGCUGUGCCGUGUUCGAGCCAUUGGUGCUGAUCCCGGCAACACCGUUAUCUCCCAGCAGCUCUGGAGUUUAGCCCAGCAGUUGGUGGACCCAGCCCGGCCAGGGGACUUCAACCAAGCAGCCAUGGAGCUGGGGGCCACACUGUGUACCCCGCAGCGCCCACAUUGCACCCAGUGUCCUGUGCAGAGCCUGUGCCGGGCACACCAGAGAGUAGAGCGGGAGCAGCUCUCAGCCUCACGGAGCCUGCUGGGCAGUCCUGACGUAGAGGAGUGCGCUCCCACCACUGGACAGUGCCAGCUGUGCCUGCCCACCACAGAGCCCUGGGACCGGACCCUCGGAGUGGCCAACUUUCCCCGAAAGGCCAGCCGCAGGCCCCCCAGGGAGGAAUGCUCGGCUACCUGUGUUCUGGAGCAGCCCAGGGCUCUUGGGGGUGCCCGAAUUCUGCUGGUACAGAGGCCCAAGUCAGGUCUGCUGGCAGGACUGUGGGAGUUCCCAUCUGUGACCUUGGAGCCCUCAGAGAAGAAUCAGUAUGAGGCCCUGCUGCAGGAACUGCAGAGUUGGGCUGGGCCCCUCCCAGCCGCCCACCUCCGGCACCUUGGGGAGGUGGUCCACAUCUUCUCUCACAUCAAGCUGACAUAUCAAGUAUACGGUCUGACCCUGGAGGGGCAGAGCCCAGUGACCACCACACCACCUGGCGCACGCUGGCUGACGAGGGAGGAAUUUCACACUGCAGCCGUCUCCACUGCCAUGAAAAAGGUGUUCCGUGUGUAUGAGGGCCAACAGCCAGGGACAUGCAAGGGUUCCAAAAGGUCCCAGGUGUCCAUUCCAUCUGGCCGGAAAAAGACCAGCCGGGGCCAGCAAGUCCUGGAUAGUUUCUUUCAGCCCCUCGUGUCCACUGAUGCACCCAUCCCAACAGUGUAGCCGAGUGACGCCUCUGGAAGACCCCACCACCUAAGAAUCCUGCUGUUUAAAUAAAGUGCUUAUUUUUAUAGUCA